UUCACAAAGAGUGUUGCUCACUGCUGUCAUGAGUCCCAGAGAAAGUGCCAGACUUUUCCUGUUACUUCUGCUAAACCUGAACUUGCAGGGUGUGUCAGGAGGUAAGGUCAUCGUCUGGCCUUCUGAAUUCAGCCACUGGCUCAAUGUAAAAGUCAUCCUAGAUGCACUGACCUCAAGAGGACACAGUAUCACAGUGGUGACCCACACAGCUACGCCAUCUGUCAACACCACCCCAUCCGUGGGCUACAAUGUGGAUAUUCUACAGGUACCUCACACGAAGCAGGACAUCCUGGAGAAUACAGAAAGGAUGCUGAAAUACUGGACUCAUGAUCUACCCAAUGACAAUAUCAUCAAGGCUUCAAUGAAGCUCAAGGAGAUGAUUGACUUAGGCACAGAACAGAAUCAGGCUGUGUGCAGGGAACUCUUUGCCAGAGAAGACCUUCUGGAGAAGUGGAGAAAAGAGAAGUUUGACGUCUUACUUGCAGACCCCCUCUUCAUGUGCGGGGAGCUGCUGGCACAGAAGCUAAACCUACCAUUAGUCCUCAGUCUCAGGUUUACCUUCGGUAACACUUUUGAGAGACUCUGCGGCCAACUGCCGGCACCGCCAUCCUACGUCCCUGCAGUCGUCUCUGAGAAUACAGAUGAAAUGAAUUUCUUGCAGAGACUGAAAAACUUUCUAUUUUAUGGCACACAGGAUGUCCUGUUUUAUCUUGUGACUAAAUCAAAGUGGGAUCACUUUUAUACGCAAGUGAUGGGAAAACCCACAACAAUGUGUGAGACCAUGGGAAAAGCCGACAUCUGGUUGAUUAGAACAUACUGGGAUUUUGAGUAUCCACGCCCACUUCUGCCUAAUUUUAAAUUUGUUGGAGGACUACACUGCAAACCCGCCAAGCCUCUGCCAAAGGAACUGGAGGAGUUUGUUCAGAGCUCAGGAGAUCAUGGCAUCAUUGUGUUCUCAUUGGGUUCCAUGAUCAGCAACCUGACAAUGGAAAGAGCAAACACCAUUGCUUCUGCUCUUGCCCAGAUCCCACAAAAGGUCGUUUGGCGUUAUCAUGGGAAAACACCAGAAACUCUUGCUCCCAAUACAAAACUCUAUGACUGGAUCCCACAGAAUGAUUUGCUUGGUCAUCCAAAAAUGAAGGCCUUCAUUACCCAUGGUGGGACAAAUGGACUGUAUGAGGCUAUUUAUCAUGGUGUUCCAAUGGUGGGCUUGCCACUGUUUGCUGACCAGCCUGAUAACCUAAUGCACAUGAAAACCAAAGGAGCUGCUGUUGUUCUUGACAUCAACAAAAUGCAGUCCAAAGACCUGGUGGAUGCACUCAAGACUGUCUUAAAUAAUCCAUCAUACAAGGAGAGCAUCAUGAGAAUAUCCAGAAUUCACCAUGAUCAGCCAAUGAAGCCUCUGGACCAGGCAGUUUACUGGAUUGAAUUUGUGAUGCGGCAUAAAGGAGCUAAACAUCUCAGAGUUCAGGCACAUGAUCUGAGCUGGUAUCAGUACCAUUGCCUGGAUGUAGUGGCUUUCUUACUCUCGAUUGUUGCACUGAUCACGUUCCUCUUUAUUAAAACAUGCUGUUUCCUUUUCCGGAAAUGUUUCAGAAAGACUCAUCUUGAUGCCAAAGCAAAAAAAGAGUGAAUUUGAAGUAGGUUCCCAUAGAAGUAUUUCCUUCAGUUGACUGUGGUACGUGUGUCCUCAUCACAUGUGUACGAUGGCCAGUGUGCAUUCUGACUACAUUCCAAACUGUAUGUUCUUAUUGAAAAGAAUACAUGUGAAUGUUAUAAUAAUUUUGUUCAAUAAUUACCUAA